UUUUUUAAAAAUUUUUUGGCCCCCUUUUUUUUUGAGAAUGAGUAUGGGGUUGAAGGUGAAAAGUUAGAGUUUUGAGAAAAGGGUUUUUUGUUUUUGAGGUUUUUUUUUUGUGGGUAUUUUUUAUUUUGUGUGGAAAUGGAAAAGAUUGUUGCUUUUGAGCAAAAUGAUUCGGUAAAUGGUAAAGAAAGAAACCGGGUUGAUGAUAAUGUGAUUUUUGAAGGUGAAAUUGUGAAAACCCUUGUUAAUGAUGAUGAUGAUAAUAAAGGGGGUUUUGUAAUGGAAGAAAACGGCGAAAAUUGUGUAAUUGUUGAGAGUAAGUUGGAUUGUCAUAAUGAGGAUAUGAUUCUUGGGGUUAAUGAUAAUAAAGGGGGUUUUGCAUUGGAUGAAAACGGUGAUGAUAAAAGAGGUUUUGUAGCGGAAGAAAGCGGCGAAACUGUUGCUAUUAUUGAGAAUAAGAUGAAUUGCCAUGAUGAAAAUAUGAUCCUUGUUGAUAAUGGUGAUAAAGCAGGUAUUGUAAUGGAAGAAAACGGCGAAAAUGGUGUAAUUGUUGAGGAUAAGAUGGAUUGGUAUGUUGAAAGUGUGAUUCUUGUUGAUGGUGGAGAUAAAGGUGAAAAUGGUGCUAUUGUUGAGAAUAAGAUGAAUUGUCAUAAUGAGGAUAUGGUCCUUGGGGUUGAUAGUGAUAAAGGGGCUUUUCCAAUGGAAGAAAACGGCAAAACUGGUGUCCUUGUUGAGAAUAAGGUGAAUUGCCCUGAUGAGAGUACCAUCCUUGGAGAUGAUGGCGAUAACAGAGGUUUUGUAAUGGAAGAAAAUGGUGAAAGUAGUGUAAUUGUUAAGAAUGCGAGGAAUUGCCAUGGUGAAAAUGCGAUCCCUGUAGCUGGAAAGGAGGAAAACCUUGUGGAUCAUGCUGAUGGUAAAGGGAGUUUUGUAAUGGAAGAAAGUUUUGUUAAAAAUAGAAGGUUCCAUGAUCAAAUACGAGACAGGGUGAUAGUUCUUGGUCUUCAUUGUAAUCAUGGGGGUCCAAAAUGGAAACCGAGAAAGAUUUCUGAAACUAAAGCUUGUAAAAAUAUAAGGGUUGGUGAGAGUCCAGUCAUGGGAUUCAAUUCUGAUGAAAAAGAUCAGAAUCAUGUAAGUGAAGCUUCCAACAAAAAUGAGGAAGGUGAGAAUAAUGUAAUUUCUGAACAGAGUAUAAAGAAUGAGAAGAGGAAUCGGCUCAUUCUCAGUGAUAAUGGCGAUGUUAUUAAAGUUUUGUGUCCCGUUCCACCAAAGAGAUCAGAGGACAAGAAAAAGCUCAUUGAUGGCGAGAAUGGUGUUGGUAUUAAAAGCAACCACCGUGGUCGACCAAAGGGUGCGAAGGACAAGAAAAAGAGGGUUCGAAGAUUUCGUCAUAAAAAUGAUGCUAGUCAAAUUAAGACCAUGGUCGAUGUAUAUGGUAGUGGUGAUAAUAAGGAUUCAAUUGAUGGACCAGAUUUGAAGGAACCAUGUACUGUUGAAAAAGAUCAGAAUAAUGUGCACGACCCUUUGAAAGGAGUUUCAGAAAGUAAGUUGCGAGUGAAAAAACGAGAGAGGGCGGUCACUGGACUUAAUGGUUCAAAGAGCAAGGCUAGGCGUAAGAAAAAUGUUGAUGAAGUUGUGGUUGCUGGAGUCAAGGCUGAGAAUGAUUCUCUGGUUGUCGAGAAUGGACUCCAAACACUAGUAGCUGGCGACUUUGAUCAAACUGGAGCUAGUGAAAUUAAAUUUGAUAAUUCUGGUGUUGUGGAAGAUCAGACUCAUGUACUCGAAGCUGCUAACAGACAUGUUGGUAUUAAAGGCAAGCAUCGUGGUCCUGGUCGACCAAAGGGUGCAAAGAACAAGAAGAAGACGGAGCAAAAAGUUCCUCAUAUUGGUGAAAAUAAAGUUAGUCAGGAUGAACAUGGUAGUGGUGCUAAUGAGAAUUUAAUUGAUGGAUCGGCUUCUAAGGAACCGGAUACUGUUGAACAAGAUCAGAAUCAUGCAGACAACACCUUAAACGGAUUUUCAGAAAGUAAGUUACAAGUGAGAAAACGAAAGAGGGUGGUCACCGGACGUAAUGGCACAAAGAGCAGGGCUAGGCGUAAGAAGAAUGUUGAUGAAGUUGUGGUUGCUGAAGUCGAGGCUGAGAAUAAUCCUUUGGUUGCUAAGAAUGAGCUACAAAGCAUUGUAGCUAGUGAAGUUGAUCAAACUAGAGCUGGUGAUAAUAAAAUCAAUGAUUCUGGUGUCGUGGAAGAUCAGACUCAUGUAGGUGAAGCUGGCAACAAAAAUGUUGGCCGUAAGCGUAGAAUCCGUAGAUCCACUAAGAUUAAAGUUAAGGGAAAACCACGGAUAAGGAAACCACGGUUAAUUGUAGCUGGCGAAAUCUUGGAUUAUUCAGUGGUGAAAGAAUGUAAACCCCAAGUAAAGAAAGGGGAUGAAACCAUCCCAACAAGGUCCAGAGGCUGCACUAAGAGGUCUAUUGAUGGUUCUGAAGAAGUCAACGCGGAUGCAGGAGUAUCAGGUGCCACAAAAAAACACGCCAAAUUAUAUGCAGGUGUUUCAAAUAGACAUCAGGGGAGUUUGAUGUGUCACCAGUGCCGCUUGAAUGUUUAUAAAAAAGUUGUCUUCUGUUCAAACUGCAAAAGGAGACGGUACUGUCAUGGAUGCAUUGUAAAUUGGUAUCCAGAGAGAACAAAAAAGGACGUAAAAGUUGCCUGUCCAUAUUGUCGUGGCAAUUGCAAUUGCAGAGCGUGUCUUCAUGCAAAUGUAGUUGUAAAGGCUACUCAUAAAGAAGCCAAUGAGGAUAUCAGAUUUCAAAGGUCGCUUUAUUUGCUUUCAAAAACUCUGCCUCUUUUGAGGCAUAUAAAAGAGGAGCAGAGAUCUGAGCUCAUGGUGGAAGCUGGCAUACGUGGUGUUGAUGUGACGGAAGAACAUGUCCCCAAAGCUAUAUUUGAUGACGAUGACAGAGUGUAUUGUGACAACUGCAAUACAUCAAUUGUGAAUUUCCACAGAAGUUGCCAAAACCCUGAUUGUUCUUAUGAUAUUUGUCUCAAUUGCUGCCGUGAGCUCAGAGACGGCAUCCAGCCUGGCGGUACUGAAGCCGACUCUUCUUUUCAGCAAUUUCGUGACAAUCUUCAACUUCAGGGUACAGAUUCAAAACAGCAUUAUUUUGGUUGGAAAGCUGACUUUAGAGCAGACACUACUGUAGCUGAUAAUUCCGUAGACUUCCCUGUUUGGAAAGCAAAUGCAAUUGGAAGUGUCCCAUGUCCUCCAAAAGUUCGUGGAGGCUGCGGUAAUGGAAUACUAGAAUUGAGAAGAAUGUUUGAAGUUAACUGGGUGGAAGAACUUGUUUCAAAGGCAGAGACUUUGACUUCCAAUUUUCAGAUGGUCAAUGGUGACAUUAUGGAAGGAUGUACGCUUUGUUCAAGCAAUGAAAAUCUUGAUACUGUUAGGAAAUCGGCUUCUAGGAAGGGUAGUAAUGAUAAUUUACUUUAUUGCCCUAAUGAUAUUGAUUUAGAAGAUAAUGAUUUUGAACAUUUUCAACUGCAUUGGAGGAGAGGUGAACCAGUCGUGGUAAGAAAUGUUGAACAAAAGACGUCUGGGCUUAGUUGGGAACCAAGGGUGAUGAUGCGGGCUUUUAGAACAGCUAAAAUUAAGUUAAAGGAAGAGAAUAGAUCUGUUAAGGCUAUUGAUUGCUUGGAUUUGUGUGAGGUUGAAAUUCAUCUUAACCACUUCUUUAGGGGAUACGUAGAGGGUCGUAAACAUCAAAAUGGAUGGCCAGAGAUGUUAAAGCUCAAGGAUUGGCCACCAGCAAAUACAUUUGACGAGUGUUUGCCAAGGCAUUGCGCAGAGUUCAUUGCAAUGCUUCCUUUCAGUGAUUAUACUCAUCCACGAUCAGGUCUUCUCAAUCUUGCUAACAAACUUCCCGAUGGUUAUCCAAGGCCAGAUUUGGGUCCUAAAUCUUAUAUUGCUUAUGGGUUUCCUGAGGAGCUUGGUAGAGGGGAUUCAGUGACCAAACUACAUUGUGACAUCUCUGAUGCGGUAAACAUACUGAUACACACAACCAAAGUAAAAGUUUCUUCUGUGCAACUAAAAAAUAUUGACAAGUUGCAGAAGCAAUACAAAGAUGAAGAUCGGUAUGCCAUCUCUGGUAUUGCUCAUGAGCCAUUAAGUACUCUCACAACAGAACCAUCAAAAGAGCCAUGUAAUGUUGACUCUGUGAAUUCCUUGUGCUUGCAAAAAGAUGUUGAUCAAAAUGGGGCUUCAAAGGUUGAAGAUCAUAUUAAUCGUUCAUGCCCGGAAGGUAGUGGACCCUCUGGCUCAGCCUCGUUGGAAGGAACAGAAGAACCAGAAGGUUAUGCACAAAGUGAUGAUGGUGGUUCUGAUAUUGAAUAUGGUGGGGCCGUAUGGGAUAUCUUUCGUAGGCAAGAUGUACCGAAGUUGACUGAAUACAUUAACAGGCAUCAGAAAGAAUUUCGUGGAAUUAACAAUGCUCCUGUGACAUCUGUUGUUCAUCCCAUCCAUGACCAACAAUUUUAUUUUGAUGAACGGCACAAGAAACAACUGAAGAAGGAGUUUGGUGUGGAACCUUGGACAUUCGAGCAAUAUCUUGGUGAAGCUGUUUUCAUCCCUGCAGGUUGUCCACAUCAAGUUAGAAAUAGACAGUCAUGCAUUAAAGUAGCCCUUGAUUUUGUGUCGCCUGAUAAUGUUGAAGAAUGCAUCCGCUUAACAGAAGAGUUUCGUCUACUCCCGAAAACUCAUAGAUCGAAAGAAGAUAAAUUAGAGGUGAAGAAGAUGGGGCUAUAUGCUGCAAGUGUUGUCAUUGAUGAAGCAAAUAAAUUGAUUCUAAAACAAAAUUCUGAAUCACAACCUGACCAUCCUCCAAUAGACGAAGGCAAUAAGAACUUGGAGCAAGAUGCUAAAUCAAUGGAAGCUGUUGACUCAACAGAUAUGUUUUUACAACAUGUAGAAUCCUAAAAUGGUAAUAUUAGGCGUCUUUGUAUCAAUGUUGUAAUCUAAUGUAUCAGGAAGUACAUAAUUAGUACAUUUUAGAUAGUCAUGCUGUAGACUAACCAAUGGUUACUGUUUAGGGACUAUGACAUAGAGGCUAGAGCAUAUAGGUCGAUAUAAUCAUGCAUAUGCUUUAGAAUUUUGGAUCAAAGUCCUAGUUUUUGUUGUCAAUGCAGAGAAAAAUUCAUCCUGAUCCUUGCUGUAUGUUGGUUUUUCGAACAUCAAUUUUGGCAAAGCUUUAUACGAAAA